GGAGUCAUCGUGAUGAAGUUGGACAACCCGCGGGACUGCGGUGGGCGUGGUCACCGAGGCCUCCGCUUCCUGCUCGGCUGAACACGUGGUUCCGCGUCUGCUCCCCCGACUUGUCUGUGACAGUGCGAAGCGUCUCCAGCCCUUCCUCCCCUCACUCCUCUUUUUUUAUCCUCCCAUACUACACAGCAGACCUCCUUCUCCUCUAUCUCUCCUCCUCCUCAUCCUCCCUCUCUCUUCUCCUCCUCCUGCUGCUGCACUUCCUUCUCUUUCUUUAGCAACGGCUCCCGGGACUGACUGUCUGCCAGGCCGCGGUCACUUCAGCGUGGAUCCGAUCACAGAGAGAGAGAGUGUGAAAGUGUGUGUGAGGGAGAGAGAGGAAAGCGUGAGCGAGUGAGUGCGUGUGCGCGCACCCGGCCGCAACCGGUCCGUCCGUGAUUAUCUCCGCUGCUAUCCCGCCGCGCUUUUUUCGGUCAUGACGCUGGAAGCGAUCCGCUACCGGGCCGGUUCCCUGCAGAUCCUCAACCAGCUGCUGCUGCCGCACCAGACCUCGUACGAUGAGCUCCGCACGGUGCAGGACGCGUACGAGGCCAUCAAGUCCAUGAAGGUGCGUGGCGCCCCGGCCAUCGCCAUCGUCGGCUGCCUCAGCCUGGCCGUGGAGCUGCGUGCAGGUGCCGGUGGGGAUGACCCUGUGACCUUCAUCAGGGAGUCUCUGUGUCACCUGACCUCAGCCAGGCCCACCGCUGUCAACAUGGGCCGCGCCGCCCGCGAGCUGAUGGAGUUUGCUGAGAACGAGAGCAUGGAGAAGAACUCGGAGCAGCUGAGAGAAAGUGUAAUUGCCUGGAUCGAAGACAUGCUGGAGCGUGACGUCAAUGACAACAAGAAGAUCGGUAACUAUGGCGCCCAGCAUAUCCUGUCCGGCGUCCCGAGGGACUCUGUGACCAUCCUCACACACUGCAACACCGGCUCGCUGGCCACGGCUGGAUACGGGACCGCACUGGGCGUGGUGCGAAGCCUCCAUGCACUGGGGAGGCUGAAGCGUGUGUACUGCACAGAGACGAGACCAUACAACCAGGGGUCCAGGCUGACGGCGUAUGAGGCAGUAGCAGAGGGAAUCCCUGCUACUCUUAUAACAGACAGCAUGGCAGCACUCACCAUGAGAGAAAUGGACAUCACAGCUGUGGUGGUUGGAGCCGACAGGGUGGUUGCGAACGGCGACACGGCCAACAAGGUGGGCACAUACCAGCUGGCUAUAUCCGCAAAGCACCAUGGGAUUCCCUUCUAUGUGGCCGCGCCCAGCACGUCGUGUGACCUGAGCCUGGAGAGUGGCAGGGACAUCAUCAUCGAAGUGCGGCCCCCCGAGGAGCUCACCAGUAUAAACGGGGUGCCCAUCGCCGCCAAGGGUAUUGAGGUGUGGAACCCGGCGUUCGACGUGACCCCUCACCAGCUCAUCACAGGAGGCAUCAUCACAGAGCUGGGAGUCUUCCUCCCCUCUGAGCUCCAGGCAGCGCUCACCGGUCGGCUCACUGCCCUCUAGAGCCCCUCAGCCCCUCCUGCUGGUCCGUGUGCACCACUGCACCUUAACGUCAGACACUCAUCUCACCACAGAAUACACACACACACACACACACACACACACACACACACAAACACAGAGCAAUUGUUGUCGUUUCAUUUCAUUUUGAUAAAUGCACAGGCACUGUUACAAGUCAGUUGUGCACCCAGAAGACAAAAUGUUGUUCAGUCUCUUACUCACACAAAUUAACUUCAGGGAGUCGAGCAGACACAUGUGCAGUCUCCCUUCUCUUUUUACGUCUGUCUUUUUGUGGUCUCUUCAUCACACCUUUUUCCAAGUUUUCCACACUGUUUUUCAUUCUCUCUUGCCGCCUCUUUUUCCCUUCUAAAUAGCUCUGCUUAGCUGGACUCUCUUUCUCAAAUUCUAUUUGGCUGUUUUCAUGAAUCAUAACUGAGGUAAUUGUUCAGGGGUUCUUCAAAUAUAAACAAAAAAAACUUCCACAAAGGCUAAAGCAUGACUGUUCUUUUCCGAAGUAGUGACUUUGAUUAGCCGUGGUUUCUAAAAUGCUGCUACCCAUUUGUAAAUAUACAUAUCCUUGCUGGUAAUGUGUACAUAUGUAGAAAAAUAACCCCUGCUAGUAAAAGGUACUAUUUUAACCAAAUAUGUGGUUAUUUAAAAAUUAAAUUUGACAUCAAAAUGUUAUAUUAACAUUUAAUUUCUAUUGUUCUGUGUUGAAAACCUUUUCUAGAGGAAUAAACCAAAUUUAUAGUAGAUUUUCACAGCCACAAAUUCUUAGUGAAAAUAAAAAAUCCUGUGUCAAUAACACUUUUUAUCCUGUUCGGCAAAAACAAGAACAGAAUUUCUCAAUCAAUCCUCGUUAGUCAGCUGAAGCCUAUGAAAAGACAUGGCUGUAUUUAUACCUCACUAAUGAUUUCUGUCAUGUAAUUCCCAGUUCCACCAUGUCAUACCACCUUUGUAUUAUCAUAAUGUACUUGUUCUGUACAACCAUACAUGUGUCGGCACCAUAUUGAUAUUCACUGUACCACGGGACGCACUGUAAGAAUGAAAACUUCAUAUUUGCUGUAACAGCUUUCACCUGAUAGCUGAUGUGUUUGUUCAUCACUAUUAAAGGAAUAGUUCACCCUGAGAGUAAAGAUUGGUUCUGUGCUCACUUAACCAAUCUUUGUUUAACCACAAGAUAGAAAUAUGGCUUGUAAAUGUUUUACAGCUUAAAAGAGUGUGAUAAAUUAAAUGAUAUUAUUAAUAUCUAAAUUUCUUGCAACUAGAGCUACUUCAAAACAGAGAGGAAAAGCUGAAUAUUGUAUUUGAAAGCUGCAAUAAUCUGUUUUAGUGGUGAAACUCAGUGAUUGACCCACAGAAAACUUACAACAGACUAUGAAGUUACAUCAGCUCUUGUGUUUUUAGCUUCUUUCAGCUCAUUGUUUUGUCUAUAGAUACAGAUGUUCUUACUUUGUCUAACCCAAUAGAUCUUUAAAAGAUCAGUUAGUCAGAAGUUUAAAAGGGAUGUUUGAGGCCAAACAGCUGUGAAUUCGCUCAAACAUCAGAAACAUGAGGAAUAACGUUAUAUCUUUAUUCUGGGGUGAACUAUUCCUCUAAGAUUCGUGGGGUAUUUUCCCAAACUGCCGUUUCUGUGACCACAUCAGAAAACGAUACGUGGCAUGAAGCCGUCAACAAUCAGAAUGUAUUAUUCAACGCAGAUGAACUUGCUUCAGUCAGGGGCUGUGAUCAGCAGACUUCAGACACUCACUCACUUCUUGCCUUUGUGCUCAGUUCAGAAUGUAUUUAAACUAUUUGCAUUCAUUCCUCCUCAUGACUGAAAUGCUCUGGAACUCCAGAUUGAGUUUCAGCCCACAAGACUCCUCGAUGAGGUCAGGGCCACGGGCAGGUGAAGACGUACAUUAAGGAUGACACUAACACCCGGGCCACACUGGAUGCGUGAGCAGUGCGUGUGCGUCGUGAAACCUCUUGCUUUGCAUUUUGCCGCCAAUGUUAUCAGGUUAGAGCGUCCACACUGCCCUGUGUGUGAGCCACGCUGCUCUUCUAGAGAGUCAGGGUCUCACCUAUUUUUGCAAAAUAGACAGCGAAAAUUAUCUUUCACAACAGUUUCAAGGUCUGUGGAAUAUGUCACAAUAUAAAUAUUUGCAAUACUUUCUCUUUUUCAAAGUAAAAGCUAGUGUCUCUGUUGACUGAAUCGUUAUUGAUGAGUACGUAGGUUACUUUAUUUAAGGAAAUGCAGUGAUCAUACCAGAAACCUCACAUAGCAGGUCCGCAGCAGACAUGUUCCCUGUGUGAGCAACAGAAGCACGAGACGCAGCCGUCACAUGCACCCAGUGUGGCCGGGCGUUAGCGUUUUCUGCAUUGUUAUUGCAUUUGUAUUCCUGUCAGCGGUUUGUUUCAAUUCUUGAUCUUCACAAAGACAGAUCAGGAUUAACCACUUGAAUAAAAGGGAGCGAAGCCUCAUAAUGUUGAGGUUUAUCAGAUUUGUGUAGUGUUGAAAAAGAAUCAGUUACAAUCGUAAUAUAUAAAUCAUAUAAGCUAGUCUUUUUUUGAAAAAUGCUGAUCACUGGCUCAACAUCCGUUUGUGUUUCUGUCACUGUAAAUGGAAAAUAAUAGUCGGGACCAAACCAUUGGAGGAACAAAUAUCCAAAUUUAAAAAUAUCACUAUGACCUCUGGGAAAUUACAUACAUUAGUUGAUCAAUUAAUGAAUAAAAAAAGAUUUAAGCUUUAAUACAGAAAGUCAUUAAUAAUUGCAGCCCUCCCCUCAUCAUGUGCCCACAUUGACAACAGUCGAAGCAUCCAGUUUUUAAACCUGACAACUGACAUUGUAUUUACCCAUUAACAGUAGACUGUUAUGAACUUUAAAACGCAGACUGGCUGUGUUCAGGUUCUCGUGUCAUACACAUGUUUUUGUGUGUGUGUGUGUGUAAAAGGUGUGUACCGAGUUCCUGCAGUUAUGUGACCCGGCCAAAGUCCCGUAAAUAUCAAUCUCUUUACGGGACACACCUACUGGCUGUACUGAAUGUCACAGGGCCCACUGCUCACUGCCUUACAGGUGCAGCACCAGUACAGCUCACUGAUGUGAGCAGACCCUCAGUCCUUCCUAAUCCCAUCCUGACUAGUAUCACGCCACCUUCUCAUCAUAGUCAGAGAAAUCUGGACAAUUCUCACUUAGUGGAUUUACAUAAACACUAGUAUCCUUGUUCUGAGUCGAUUUGAAGAGAUCCAUUGUUUCUGAUCGUUCUCUAACGUGUAGAAUAGAGUGUGGAUGCCCAAUGAGUCAGGUCAGGUUAAGUCAAAAAAAGUGUUUUGAAAUGAUAUUCGGGUCCGGGCCGAUUUCAAUCACAUUGGUUGGGCUAUUUACUUGAUUUUCUUUUAAAGCUGGUCAUGCCUGUAAGUGGGGAAAACAUUGCGCUCAGGUCGGGUUCGGACACAAAAAACAGAAUGCCUGUCUGGUCUGUGUCUGUCUUAUUUUGGGAGAGAAAAUUGCACUGCGUCAUCAAAUGAAGUUACAAUAUAAUCAGUAAAUUGUUACCCAUGACUGGUGACCACAUGAGAAGGUCAGACAUCCAGAAAACCAGUCCUCAACUACACAUUCUUCUUGUCAAAUCCUCGUGCUUACAUUACCCAUAAUACAUCUCUAACUGUUGAUAGUUCCCUUUUUGUUUCAGCUAAACUAUGCUAGUAUCUAUAAAUUUAGCCUGGAGGAUCAGAACCGAGAUGAAACUCAAGUCCAGUUUACUAAUGCACAUGUAAAUGUACUGUCUGAGCGUUGUUUGGAUUUCUCAGCUUAAUGACACUGGUGUCAGCGGUUUGGCCAGUCUACCUUCCUAACGUCCCUUCACUGACCUCACACACCGCCUUUGUCGACUUCAUCACUCUUUUCAUUCGUUCAAAGAUGUGGCAGAUACACAAACCCACCUCUCUACAGAGAAAACACCCUAAAAAACAGACUUAAUGUCAUGAUGACAAUUGCAGUAUCCACAGUUUCAUUAUCCACAUCUUUAAAAUGUGUAAUAUAAGCUUCCUCCUUCCCUCAUCUACAUCCUCAUCCAUCUUUGUUUCUCCUCUUUCCACCCAUUGAACCUCAACUCACAAAGAUGCUGGUUGGUUACACACAAGCAGAAAAGACACUUGUGUAUUUGAAUUUUCUUCCUUUUGUUUUGUACAGUUUUAAGAUGUCACACAUUUGGGGGGGGGGGGCAAUGUUAGCUAGCGUUCCCGACAUAUGUAGCAACUCUGUGGCCGUCAGUCCAGCCGCAUAUUGUUUCUUUCGAAAACUUUGAAGAAGUAUGAGAUUUUUGUUUUUGUCUGUACAUCAUGAUUCUAACUGUUUGGCUUGUGCUUUGUUGUUUUUUAUUUCAUGACAUUGUGACUCCUAGUGACUAGGCCAUUAGUACACAACACUGGGGAGGCCUCCUCAACCAUACACACUACCUCUCCGUCUGCCUACACAGACUCAAACACUGAACUGCAUGAACACAUGCCCUGAGCGUGCCAGGCUGCAGCAGCAGAGCAGAUUGACAGAAUGCAGGAAAAAAAACAUCAAACCCGGAACAGAAAUUAUCCAUGUUUGUAUCUUGAACCCAAAGUGACAAAUAAUUUGUGGCGCUGCAUUUAGCUUUUGCCAAAGUAGCCUAUAUUCAGGCAAGUGUGUGACAUUGGGUUGCAGCUGAAUUGUGUUUGCAUUCUGCUCAUGUUUUUACACCAUGCUUAUGAGGAAGCAGCAUUAUUGUACUGUGUUUUAAAGAAAGGACAAAAAAAGAUGUUCCACCAAUGUCCCCUUGAGAAGCCCAAAACAAGACGAAUAAUCAGGUGCCAAAACUUAACGCUGCUCGCCAGGUAUUUUUCCACCUUGAUUUGAUCUUUAAUCAGAGCAGGAACUUGUGAAUUAUCAGAUGAUUAGUAUGGCCUGCGAUUACCAUGGAAGGAGUGUAGUUCAGAUGGCCUCUUUAAGUGCAAGUAUGUUAUUGUUGUUAUUGAUAAUCACUCGGUUUUGGGUUUAAUUUUGUAACGUGGAAAAAGUUCAAAACUGGAUUUUUUAAAUAUAUAUGUAUAUGAAUAUAAUGCUGUAAAGUGCAGUCAUGAAUCAAGAGAUUUCUCUUUCACAUCAAUACAGUUAAAAAAAAAUAAAACCACAUUGAAAAGA